UAGAGAGAAAUCGAUGUUAUGUUUUUGUGUUGUGUUGAUGAAAACAGAACAACAAACAACAAUAGAAAAUCAAACGCAACAACAAUUUGUAACAUCCACUCCCUCUCUAUCCUUCUUUCUUCUCUUUCUUUCUCUCUCUCUGUCUUUCUUUCAUCACAUUCUCUUUCUUUCCUUUUCAAUGGCUUCUGGUUCCAUUUCUGAACCUCCUUUCUCCUCCAAGAAGAAAAGGACUAAUGGCUCGGCGAAAUUGAAGCAACUCAAGCUUGAUGUUAGGCGUGAACAAUGGCUUUCUAGAGUAAAAAAGGGAUGCAAUGUUGAUUCAAACAGAAGGGUUGAUAGUUGUCCAUCGUCUAAGCACAGUGCGAGCGAGGAGAAUCAUUCGUCAUACAAGGAAAACAGAAGGAAAAGAGGAGAGAAUGGUAUGUGUGUCCAAGGCAACAAUUCCAGAUCCAUGAUAGACAGCUCUAUUCAAAGUACUUAUAAUCGCGAUGAGUUAAGGAAUGGUUUUACCGGUAGUAGCAGUAGUACUAGUACUUUUUCCUCAGGAAAUCUCAGCGAAGAAGAUGGAUGCCUUGAUGAUUGGGAGGCUGUUGCUGAUGCUUUAUACGCAAAUGAUAACGAACAUUCCAUGGUUUCAGAGUCUCCUAUAGAGCACGAGAUAAAGUCUUACGUUGAUUCAGAAGCUACUAAGAAUCCUAGAGUGGAUUUCUCGAAGAAAGAGUUAAGGUCAGCGGUUUCCGAAUCACAUGUGAGUUGUCAAGCGUGGAAACCCGAUGAUGCUCUUCGCCCUAGGUGUUUACCUGAUCUCUCAAAGCCACAAAACUCUCGGUUAAAUUCAAACUGGCACGGUAACCACAAAAUUGUAUCUUGGUCAUGGCAAACAAUAAUUUCUCAACCUAGUCAAUGUCCUAUAUGUUAUGAGGAUUUAGAUGUGACGGACUCGGAAUUUCUUCCAUGUUCGUGUGGAUUUCAUCUCUGCCUUUUUUGUCAUAAAAAGAUCGUCGAGGUAGAUGGACGAUGUCCCGGAUGUAGAAAACUGUAUGAUCAUGUAGAUGGAAAUGUUGGAUUCAAUAUAGGUGCAAAUGCUUUUUUUAUUACUCAAUCAUGUAGUAUGAGUACAGGGUACUAGGUUUUCAGAAAAAGAUAGAUUGUGUUUCUGAGAUAAUAAUCAUGUAAAUAUUUUCUCUUUCUCUUAUGACUUAAUGAUUAAGUCUUAAUCUACA